UUCGGUUUCUUCGCCAGCUGAAAAUCGCCGCCAUGGUAUCAGAAGCGAACUCGUCCACGCAUCAAAGACUAGCCAACACGAUCGCAUCGCUAGCAACGGUCGGCGCAAACUUCGAAGACAUUCACAUUGCCAUACAGUCUACGCUUUCUCGGUUGGUGACCCCCAUGGUGGAUGAUUCGAUUCUCGGAUCCAACCACCCCGUCACGGCUGCCUUGCGACUACUGCUAGGCUCGGGAGUAGCAAAGGUUGUGCGUCUCCAGCUUGUUCAAGUUUGGUUCGCCCCUCUUGUUGCCCAGAAUCUCAAAAGUCAAUACGGAGAUCGUAUCCUCUUCCUCGAUGCCGAAGGAGUCGCCCAGAACGCUCGCUCAGUACAAAAACCUUGGAAUGGAGUCUAUGUGGGCACUCAUAUGACAGCAUUGGGCCUUGACAUUGAGGCCGUGGUGGACGCGCUUUCUCCCAGCCAUGGUUCCCCUUCAUCAAUGCCUUCUUCCAUUUCAUCCUCAGUUGGUUCAGCAUUCUCGAGUCUGGACACGUUCUCGGUCACCGAGUUUGAACUCGGGUGUGAGGAUGCCAAGAACGAGGAGUCAAAGGAUGAGUCGGCAAACGAUGACUCAUUCUUCUCAGGAAUCAACAUCGAAGAGUGGGACGCCUCGACACAAGUCACGGAGCAACAUGAUUUGUUGGGCUCUGAAGAGAUGGAAGUCGACGAUGAUGUGAGCGACGAUGAAGAGCUGGAGGAUGUGUCGCAGGAGGACUUCGAUGCCAUUAUGGGAAACAUGGAGGACAUGGCAAACUACGAGGCCAACCAAUGCGACAUGACGUACAUGACAAACUUUGCACCGGAGUUGCUACUGAGUCGAUAUCAUCUUGGCCACUUGUUAUGAGUCAGGAUGUCAUGCGGCUUGUCGCAGUAGACGGCGAGGGAUAUCGGCCAUCACACCAUGUAUACGAUUACCGCUUCGGUGGACUUUUUUUUCGCCACAAGGCUCUUUCCCAACCAUGGUCGCUUUGGCAUGGCUUUUGGCGUUGGGCGACACCUACUUUUUGAUACCCUGUCGCCACAUUUUUUGUUGGACUUUUUUUUUUCUGGAAAAGCACACCCAGCAGCGGUGUUUGUAUUUGCGGGUCACCAUGCCUUAUUUCAAGUGUGGGUCUCGUGUCGUGGACAUGGAUGCGCUGGUAUUGCGAGUGUUGAUUGAAGACGGCGCACUCUC